AUCUUGAAGUGGAGAGUAUCGAAGAAAUGAUGAGGAAACUCGCACAGAGAGAUGUAUCUGACUGUUCAUCAAUGGAGGUGGAGCCUGUCAUAAUCGGUGCGCUAGUUCUGGAUGUUCACGCCAAGCCCUUAGCCCCACCAAUCUCAGGAUCCACCGUCCCAGGCCAGGUCUUGUUUGCACCUGGUGGUGUAGCAAGAAACGUAGCUGAGUGCAUCUUCAAGCUUGGAAUUAGACCUUUUAUGAUUGGUACUUUGGGAUUUGAUGGCCCAGCCAAUGUAUUAUUGAAAGAGUGGAAGCUCUCCAUGGAAGGAAUCUUGAGACGCGAAGACAUCAGUACUCCCAUUGUAUCGCUUGUAUAUGACAUUAAUGGAGAAGUUGCUGCUGGUGUUGCUGGUGUGGAAGCAGUUGAAAAGUUUCUGACACCUGAGUGGAUCCAGCGGUUUGAAUACAACAUAAGCAACUCUCCUGUUCUUAUGGUAGAUGCAAAUCUCAGUACUCUUGCUUUGGAAACAUCUUGCAAAUUGGCUGCAGAGUUCAAUGUUCCUGUAUGGUUUGAGCCCGUGUCGGUCACAAAGUCGCAGAGAAUCACCUCAAUUGCCAAGUAUGUAACGAUAGUGUCCCCAAACCAAGACGAACUCAUAGCAAUGGCAAAUACUCUCUGCGCCAAGAAACUGUUUCACUCCCUUAAAUCAGAAGAGAAUAAGCUUUCACCUGAAGAUAUAUUCACCCUGCUAAAGCCAGCUAUUUUGGUUCUUCUUGAAAGUGGCAUUAAAGUAGUUAUCGUAACCCUUGGCUCCAAUGGAGCUCUCUUAUGCUCCAAGGGAAACCCCAAGAAGGCUCUGAACAUAAACCGGAAGUUCCCUAAAAGCGGAGAGAUCUUCAAAAGAGUACAAUCAGUCUGUUCACAGAACCGGUUUUCUGAAUCAGGAUUGAGUCUUUACGCAAUGCAUUUCCCAACCAUACCAGCCAAAGUCAAGAAGCUCACUGGUGCAGGCGAUUGUCUUGUAGGCGGUACAGUCGCAUCGCUAAGCGAUGGUUUAGAUCUGUUACAGAGUUUAGCAGUUGGCAUUGCCUCGGCUAAAGCUGCGGUUGAGUCAGAUGACAAUGUGCCUACUGAGUUCAAGUUGGAUCUUGUUUCUGAUGAUGCGGAGUUGGUUUACAAUGGCGCCAAGAUGUUGUUGGUUCAUCAUCAGUCCAUGCUGUGAAGAAAUGAUCUUGUUGGUUCACUUGCCAAAAGAGUCCUUUGGCAUUUGGGCUUAGUAACUGUUUCUUAUGUACACUAUAUAUCAAAGUUUUCUUCUGUUUUUGUGUUCCUCUCUUAUUAAGCAAAUUAAUGUCUGUCUUCACUUUUUUUUGGUUUGGUUUCAUUUGUUGUUGUCUAUUAUAUCACCAAUUUGAUUUUAUUAUAUUCUCGAUGAUCUUAUCAUA